AUGGUCAAUGAUGUUAAAAAUAACUUCCGGAAUGCACGCUCAUCAGCAAAACAUUAUCCUUGUGGACACAAGUUAGGUCCUGGAAAAGUUUUAACAACAUAUACUACUAAUCAAGGCGUAACCGUUCAAUGGGAAAUUACAGAACCUUUGGGAGGUACUUGUUUUGUCGAUUUGUCAACAACCGGAAAAGAUACUGAUUUUAAACCCAUUAGUACCAUUGAUAAUUGUGCAGAUAAAGUUGGUGAAAACUUUCAAGCCGAUGUAAAACUUCCUGAAAAUACUUCUUGCGAGCGUUGUACGCUUCCUGCUGAUGGUCGUAUGAUAUUGCCAGAAAUCCGAAAUAACUUCCGGAAUGCAAGCUUACCGGCAAAACAUUACCCUUGUGGAAACGAUAAUGGUCCUGGAAAAGUUUUAACAACAUAUACUACCAAUCAAACCAUAAAGGUUCAAUGGGGCAUUGAGAAUCCUUUGGAUGGUUCUUGUUUUGUCGAUUUGUCAACAACUAGAAAAGAUGGUGCCUUUAAAACCAUUAGAACCAUUCCUAAUUGUGCAGAUAAAAUCGGUGAAAAUUUUCAAGCCGAUGUACAAUUUCCUAAAAAUACUACUUGCCGAUAUUUCUAUCUUACCGACCAACAAAAAUGA